AUGAUAACCACCAACCAACGACGUUCAUCCGACGUCGUAGACGCCACAGAACGAUCUGUCAUAUCCCAGUUUCCAGUUCCUGCUACUUUCUCUCUCAAAUCUCUUCAUCUUCUUCUCUUCAAUCACCUCCUGUUGCAAGUCGUUAUUGCAUCCAUUGCCCAUCAACCUUCAUCGCCGGAGAUACCAUUGAGCACCAACGAGUGGACCCCACACACAGUGAGGACUUCGGGGCGGAUUGCGUGUAUUCAGCACCUGCUUGAGCAUAUGUCAGAAGAGAUAGGUCACAAACGCUCAAAGAGUGCCUUAGCGCAUUCCUUCCUCCACCGAGCCAAAUGCAGGUCUGGCCUUCAAGAAGACCCCGAAAUUCUCCUAGCGAAUCGUGAGCAGUAUGGUGCUUCCGCUACGAUGGAUCCCAAGGCUCUCUCGGUCCCGCCAGCCAGCGACGGUUCCUGUCCCUCCCACUCGAACUCGACUUCCAUGACUAAUCUGUGUGCCACCCGCCAGCAGACUGACACCCUGUCUUUGAACAAGAGCCCCGGUGGGAACGCUGGCUCCACCACUGCCUCUCACGAACAGCCACCUUCAGGGGGCAGAGGAGAAGUAUUGACCAGAUCAGCCAUGUCGAUUGAACAAUCAGUUCGCACUUUUCGCCUUUUCGAAAUCUUACGCAGCGGAGAUACCACGGCCAUAUCCAAGGCCAUCAAAGAAUGCGCAGAACCCCAGUCCCAGGGAACCCCGCCAUUGGGCACCAGCAUCCUCCAUCUCGCAAUACAAUGUGUUGAGCCACAGGUUGUUGAAUAUAUCUUGUCAAGUUCUUCUAACCUUGACAUCAAUGCUCGAGAUCGUGAUGGCAACACCCCCCUCCAUCUCGCUGCCCAACUGGGUCGGGCCCCCAUAGUCCGCGAACUCCUCGAGCGCCCGGAUAUUAACGAUUCCGUUACGAACUACAACGGUCAGAUACCUCUGGACCUUGCGCGAACCCCGGAGAUUUUUCAGCAACUCCAGCUAGCCCGUUCGAUAUUCUUGGAUGCUAAAACGAAGGAGAUGCAGUGUUUAAUCGGGCAGGGCGAGUACGAGAGACUAGAACGUCUGUUGGUGGAGCCACGGGUUGAAGGCUUGCUAGAUGUGAACAGCUUGGAUCUGGUUACUGAUCGGACUACCGUGAUGACUGGUGGAACCUUACUUCACGAGGCGGCUAGAAAGAAGGAUACAAAAUUAAUACAGAUUCUUUUAAUGCAUGGAGCAGAUCCAUUCAGACGCGAUCGAAAAGGGAAGCUCCCUCAAGACGUCACAAAGGACGAUCGGACCCGUGCUAUCGUGAAGAGGUCACCCGCUGCCAUGAUCGCGCAGCGAGGAAUCCAGGAAAAGGCAAUCCUGGGCAGCGCAGCUGGACAAGGGAAUCCGUUACGAUCUGGAGUUGGAGAAGCAGGUGUAGGAGGAAAGGAUGCUCGGGAAAUGAAGGGUUAUCUCAAAAAAUGGACCAAUUACACAAGUGGUUAUAAGUUGAGAUGGUUUGUAUUGGAGGAUGGUGUAAUGAGUUAUUACAAACACCAAGAUGAUGCUGGCUCUGCCUGUCGUGGUGCGAUCAACAUGCGUAUAGCGACCCUGCAUAUGGAUGCACAAGAUAAGACCCGUUUUGAGAUACAAGGGAAGUCGUCAGUCAAGUACCAUCUCAAGGCUAACCACGUUGUUGAGGCCAAGCGUUGGUUUUGGGCUCUGAACAACGCAAUCCAAUGGACCAAAGAUGAGGCUAAGGAAGACGACAGACGCAGGACAAGGAAUGCAGAAAGCUUACGUCAGGCAAUGCUGGAACAAUUUGACAAACAGGGGUUGGAUUCUCAAAGCGACUCCGCUAGCGUUGUCGGCAGACCAAGCGGGAAAAACCUUGCACCUCAGUCAUCCCUCGGGGUUCUCAGCCACGCGAGCUCGAGGCUGAGUCUUCAAACUUCAAGAGGAGGAACGGAGAGUAUCCGUGGUGAAGAUGAAAGUUCCAAUUACGUGCCAAAUGAAUCGACCUUUUCCCCACAAGAGAACAAUAAAUUGCCAACCCUUCUCACUAGCCACGUCCUCCAAGGAGAAGCUGAAGAUGAUGAUUGCGGAGAUUACGCCAGCAGCAAUGAACUACAACCUUCAAAUAAGGACGCUUUCAAUAUUACCGCCCAAUCUGUUAGACUACAGCUCUAUCUUUUGAGCAAUGUUUCAGCCGCUCUUCAGGCAGAGAAAGUGAGGAACCCAGAGACUCGAAUUUCAGACCCUUCAAUCGAUCAAGCUUUAAAUGCCUAUGAAGGGGCAGUCAGUAGUCUAAAUUCCCUUGUGGUUGAUUUACUCAAAAUCUCAAGGGAUCGAGACGCAUUUUGGCAAUAUCGCCUGGACAGGGAGGCUGACGCCCUUAAGAUGUGGGAAGACAGCAUGGCUAGGGUCGCCCAGGAACAUGAAGAGCUUCAGAGCAGAAUUGGCGAGUCGGAGGAGAAACGAAAGAGAACGAAAAAAGCGCUGAAGGAGGCUUUGGAGCACCCGUCAACUUCAACUAGUCGUCCCAUCAGUAGAGGCCCGUCUCAUGUCCAAAUACAAGAUGCCCUGGAAGUGGUCAAGGAAACCGUUACUGAGAAACUAGCCUUUACGGAGCGCAAGGCCAGCAAGGAACUGAGAAGGAAGAAGUCCCUCAUCACGGAACUCACAAACUUGUCUGAUUCGGAAUCUGAUGAGGACGAAGAGUUUUUUGAUGCCGUUGAUGCUGGAGAAGUCAAGAUCGUGGAAGUUCCACCGGAGAAGGUAGUCGAGGCCCAGGAUUCCGUUUCUAAUAUCCGAGCUUCGAAACUCGAUGAGAUCGCUCCGUCAUUUAAAGGGUAUGAAGAUCCAAUUCGCAAGAGGCUUAAAAUGGAUGCAGACGAUAGACCUAAAAUUUCUCUCUGGGCUAUUUUGAAAUCAAUGAUAGGCAAAGAUAUGACCAAGAUGACACUCCCUGUGUCAUUCAACGAACCAACGUCGCUGCUCCAACGGGUAGCCGAGGAUAUGGAGUACGCGGAUCUUCUUGACCUCGCUGCUGACCGUGCAGACUCCAUGGAACGCAUGAUCUACGUUGCUGCUUUUGCAGCUAGUGAGUAUGCUUCAACAAUUGACCGUGUGGCUAAGCCAUUCAAUCCUCUUCUUGGGGAAACAUUCGAAUACGUCAGACCGGAUAAAGGUUACAGAUUCUUCAUUGAGCAAGUUAGCCAUCAUCCCCCAAUUGGUGCCGCGUGGGCUGAGUCUCCGAAAUGGGAUUACUAUGGUGAAUCCGCUGUGAAAUCAAAAUUUUAUGGCAAGUCGUUCGACAUCAAUCCACUUGGUACUUGGUUUUUGAGGCUACGCCCUAUCAGUGGUGGCGAGGAGCUCUACACUUGGAAAAAGAUUACUUCAUCAGUUGUUGGCAUCAUUACCGGUAAUCCCACUGUAGACAACUAUGGGUCUAUGGAAAUUAAGAAUUGGACUACCGGCGAAGUGUGCAUGCUUGACUUCAAACCUCGAGGCUGGAAGGCAUCCUCCGCCUAUCAUGUCUCCGGCAAAGUGAUGGAUAGUGAAGGAUCGACUAAAUGGAGCAUCGGUGGGCGCUGGAAUGACAAGAUCUAUGCCAGGCACACGCCCGGGUAUCAAGAGUCGGUCACCCCACCUCAUGAUGAUACUCCCCAACAUCCAGAAUCAACCCGAGCAUUCCUUGUCUGGCAAUGCCAUCCCCGACCCACCGGUAUUCCUUUCAACCUGACACCCUUCGUUCUCACGUUAAACGCCAUUCCCGAUAACCUCAAGCCUCACCUGCCCCCAACAGACACACGGCUCCGUCCGGACCAACGUGCUAUGGAGGAUGGCGAGUAUGAUUUUGCGGCGACGGAGAAGCAUCGUGUGGAAGAGAAGCAGCGGGCAAAGAGACGAGAGCGAGAGACCAAGGGUGAGGAAUUUGAGCCGAAAUGGUUUAGCAAGGGCCGAUGCAAAAUCACCGGUGAGGAGUUUUGGGUUUAUAACGGACGGUAUUGGAAGUGUAGGGAGGCUAAUGACUGGUCUUUCCCAAUGGUCAUGGAAUUUACAUGCCAGAAAUGUGCGCAAGCACUACGACUAGGAAUUCGGCCACAGAUUCCUUCAAUUCGAGUACGGACUCUGUCCAACGUCGGACGCCGAUACCAACAUCUGAGCACAAAUGCAUCCAGCCUCCAGGCCUCUAAAGCAGGCUCAUGGUCGACUAAAGUUCGAGCCGAAACGACCACUAUUACAAAUGUCGCAUCGUUAUCUGCCAGCGAGCCCACUACAACAGGGGCUUCAGAAGCCUACCAUGGAAGACCUCUGCUUCAACCGCACAACCUGUUCCAUUCGUAUAGCAACUCCCCCUCUCCGGAAAUACGACAGCGUGCAGCGUUCAUAGCGCAGAAUGCCUUCUGUCCUCAUCCAAGUCAUCGUCGGACGCGUGUUCCCACCUCUCCGUAUGAUUCUGAGGCGAGAAAGUCACCAGAAGCCAGCAGUGACAGCCAGCCGCCCUUGCACUCUCAAUUCGAAUGCCCGGACUGUGGGGUGCCGAUAUAUUGCUCCGAAGAGCACUGGAUGGAUGAUUUCGAGGCGCAUCUGGAAGUGUGCCACACAAUCCGGCAAAUAAAUGAGGACGACCAUGACCUGAGGUCUGGCAGAUUUUUUACCGAGUUUAUCUACCCGGGCCCACAGGAGGAUGAAUCGGUUGUGAAUAUGACGAAUUGGGAUACAUUCUUAUAUACCAGGCAAUUUGAUGCCAUUAACAAUGAUAGAAACAUGAGGCAGGUGACGAGAUUGCUCACGUACCCGGUCACUAUUGCCAGUGUGCUGCAUGAGCUUUCUCCAUAUCAUAUCCGUAAUGGUGGCCGGUUAACGCCGGAGGGAUUGAAGAGCUUGAGUGCGCUUCGCUACACGCUCCAUCCACCUAGAACCGGCGAGGGAGCAGCAAUGUCCGGCCUCCGCCUCAAAGCGCCCCCGGUCCGCAUCUUUAUCCUAGGCGCACGGGCGGAAUCCUCCCUACCCCGGGACGUCUGGCUGCAACUUUCCUAUCUCUUCCCACGCGCGCUCAUAAGCCUCAUAUUCAUCGGUCCAGAGAGCAUGGCGAACCGGGACGACGAGUUUCCGCUCCCCGAUCGCACCCCAUCAAAUCCAUUCGGUGCCAUCGUUGAGGACCGCUUGCACUCCCUAAUGAAGAUAACUACGUAUGUCGACUAUUUCCACACGAUUCAUCGGGCCAAUAUGUUUCAGCCGUAUGACCCUUACUUUGACUGUUUCAUGCUAUUCCAUCCGGGACUUGGGCAUCCCUCCAGCUCGCAUGAAUGGGAAGAAACGCUACCGUAUCUUCUGGAGACGAAGGUUCCCAUUCUGUGCACGGGGUAUUCAGAGUGGGAUAUGAAGAGGGACUUGGAUUGGGUGAUGGAGAAAUGUGGCGGAGAGGUGGAUUUGUUGCUGGAGCCUGGAGAGAAUAGGUUCCGGAGUCUGAGGUGGGACCUGAAUGAUAUGGAUCCGCAUGAUAUUUCAUGUGGGAAUUGGGGAUUGUGGGUUUUUAGAGGAAAGAGAUAUGAGGCCACUUAUAAGGAGUCAGAAGCAGAAUAG